AUGUUGAGGACGAUGGCUGAUGGGACGUUCGAUCCAGAUUUGCCCCGGGCAGCCCAGGUGGAUAGGCAGGUGAACCAACUGCUUAUGGAGGUAGGCGCAACAGAUGAUGGUUUUGUCGUUGGGCUUCGACCACCAACGGCUGUCGAUGAAGUCAUGAGCGACGGCACCGAUGUUGACAAUGCGCUCGACAUUGAGGACGGCGCUGACCAGGCAGAGCUUGAUGUUGUGUGCAUAGAUGCUGAAAAGGCAGCGGGCCUAGUGACACAGCACCGGUCCAGUGGAGUCCUGCACUUUGUUGCGUCGCAUGACAAGCUAACAUGUGGCAGGAAGAUCUCAAAGGCGUAUGCCAUUGUUGAAGAGGAUUUGGUUGUGAAAUGGCCGCUUUGCCGGCAGUGUCGCAGAUCGGGAGGUUCAUCACGCGCGCCGAUAAUCUUCGAUAGACUUACCUUUACCUUAUUGUCACGAGUUUUGGAGUACUUGACACGCCGCCCCACCGUGCGGUACCUCAUCCCGGGCCAGGGACAAGCCUUUGCCUCAGGAGAUGCGACAUGUGCAUGCACCGCCUCUGCGAUCCGAGGCUCAGUUUUUGUUGAUGCCGCAUUGACGGCCAAGCACCCGAUUGACUAUGCGUUCCCAUUGCCUGACGCCUUGCUAGAGGCGGUUGCAAAGUUGAUCUCAGAUGGACCCAAGCUCACCAUCGCAAGACGAAAGCUGGCAUUGAAGAAGGCGAAACAACAACCAUUGUUGGAAGUGCUGCCCGACAUCCCAGACCUCCAAACCAGUUGGUUGCUCCUUUUGUACUGCCCGUCGCCCCGAGUCCAUUACGCCCUGCGCGGGAUUUGCCCUGACCUCACCAAGCAUUUUGCCACAGAACGCGACAACGCAGUGCACACAUGUUUAAGACGGUUGCUGCAACAGCCCAACGAACUGCCCCGGCCAGCCAUCGACACCGCAGCAGCCCACUGGGCCUCAUGGCAGGACCCCACGCCCAUCCUCCGCCAGAAAAUGCCACAGGUUUUUGACACGAUCCAACAGCAGAUCGAGAACCCAGAGCUACCAUCCCUCCAAUGCCUGCAACACGUCACGGCUUUUCUCACAAGCCUGGGGCUAGACGCCCCGCCCUGCACCCAAUGCCAGCCAGCACCACCGGCUCCAACAUCACCCCAUGACCACGCAGACACCCUCCGAGGAUGGCAACGACACGCCUCCCACAUCACCGACACAGCUCUCAAGCAGGAACACAUCGCCCAUUUUACAGCUCCCUCACAACAUCUUUUGGAAUCCCAGUGCGGGCCAUUGGCGGCAAGAAUUUUCACCCUGUUCCCUGUCUCCCAUGAGCUCGUCUUGGAUUCGUCUCACUUCCGCCUUCUGCUCCUCCAGCGUCUUCGACUGCCCUGCCCUUCAUGCCAGCGCGCUGCCGAUGUCAACAGCAACGACGCGCCGAUGGCUUGGAACGGUGAAAAGUUCACGGCCAUUGAAGGUCCAGGUGUGGUGUGGGUCGCCAGGGACAAGUACGGCGAUCGCCAUGUGAAUUGGGUCAGGCUACAGGUGGUGGGCAGUAGUGAGACCAUCCUUUUCGCCAACACGCAUGGGCCCUUGGAUCAGUGCGGCGGCAAACCCGGCGGUACUGUUGCCACGAAUUAUAUUAAUGCUGUGAACCAGCACAAGAAGACUAAAGAUGUGGUGAUUUUUACUGGUGACUUCAACUGCGGCAGCAACCAGGACACCAUCAAACAGCUGUCUGAGGCCUAUCAGCUGGAUGCCACAGACACCUCCUACAAUGGGGCUGACCACAUUUUCAGCAGCUCUGGAUUUUCCGUCCUUUGGAAGGGUGCGAGUGAUGGCUCGCCUUCGGAUCACCAGCUGCUGAAGGCUGUGCUGCAGUCGGGCUCCCACUCGAGGUGCCCAGUGCCACCGGACAAUGGGGGUUGCUGCCUCACCUGUCGCUUCAACCACUACUGCCCCAGCAACAAGGGAUGCUACGCGAGCGGCCAAAGUGGCUGCAGCGGAGGCUACUGCCCCGCCCCUCCAGAGGUGGAGAUCGUCGUAUAA